AUGCCCAAUCUCACAGCAGUCUCCGUCUUCCUCCUCCGGGGCUUCUCCACGGUCCCGUUGUUACAGUUGCUCGGCGCCGCCUCCUUCCUUCUCAUUUACCUGGCUGCCAUUCUGGGGAACGUGGCUAUCGUGGCCGCCGUGACCCAGGACGCGCACCUGCACACGCCCAUGUACUUCUUCCUCAAACACCUCUCUUUGGUGGAUAUCUGCUCCGUGUCCACCACCCUCCCCUGGGCCCUGGUGGCCACCGCGCUGGGCUCCAGGGACAUCUCCCUCCAUGCAUGUGCGUCCCAGCUCUUUGCCUUUGUCUGCCUUGGGUCCACGGAGUGUUUUCUCUUCACCUCCAUGGCUUUCGAUCGUUGUCUGACCAUCUACAGGCCCCUGCUGUACAGAGCCACCAUGAGCCCUGAGACCUGCGUCUCCCUGGUGUCGGUGGCCUGGGGCAAUGGGCUCGUUUUCUCGGCCUUCCACACAGCCAACACCUUCUCCCUGCUGUUUUGCGGCCCCAACGUGAUCGACCACUUCUUCUGCGACAUCCCCGCACUCAUGCGGCUAGCCUGUGCCAAUGCAGAUGCCCACGAGGCUGCAGGAUUUGCAGUCAGCGGCUGCGUCAUCAUGAGCUGCUUUGGCCUCACUGUCUUGUCCUAUGUCCGCAUCUUGGCCACCGUGUGUCGGAUCCGCUCCGCCGCCGGCCGCUGGAAGGCCCCGUCCACCUGCUCCUCCCACCUGGCCACUGUGCUCCUGUUUUACGGCUCUGGCAGCUCUGCCUACAUGCAGCCCCGCACCAGCUACUCCCCGACGCAAGGCCUUGUGGCAGCUGUCUUCUACUCUGUCCUCACGCCCACCCUGAAUCCACUUAUCUACAGCCUGGGGAACAAGGACAUGAAGGGAGCCCUGCUGAAGCUUUAUCCUCGGGGGCCAUUUUAG